UUGGAUGAAUGGAGCGUUCCCACGAGCCACGGAUGUUCCGCUAUGUUCCUAAUUGGCGGCUCAGCUGAACUCCCACGCCUGGCCCGCGCUCGCCUUCAGCCUCUCCCAUGGGCUCGCCAGUAUCGUUUGUUUUAUCCAGGAUGGCUGCUUGUGGAGGCACCACCAAAAACAGGCUCACGGUGAAUAAGCACGUCUGGGACUUCCUGACCAAGGAGAGCUCUGCCAAACUGGUCAAGCUGAAGGAAGAGAACAAGGUGAGCAUCUUGAUCGAUGGCGAGACUUCGGAGAUCUACGUCCUGCAGAUCACCAUGCCUGCCCACGGGCCCAGCAACGGCCUUUACCUGGCUCGCAAGGCCCUCAAGGCCCUGCUCAAGGAGACGGAGAAAGAGCUCAAGAAGGCCCAGCGCCAGAGUGAGCUGAUGGGUUGCAUGGCCUUGAUGGAGAAGAACCGGGAGCACGGGGCGGUGGAGCUGCACCGCCGAGGGGCCGCCUUGAUCUCCAGAGGGCAGCAGACCUCCGGGCCGAGAGUGGUUGGUGGCGGCGGAGGGGUGGCCAGCUGCUCGCGGGGAGGGGAGGAGGAACAGGACAGCCAGUGCCCCAUCUGUUUGGGGGAGAUCCAGAACAUUAAGACUCUCGAGAAGUGCAAGCACUCCUUCUGCGAGGAUUGCAUCACCCGAGCGCUGCAAGUCAAGAAAGCCUGUCCGAUGUGUGGGCGCUUCUAUGGGCAACUGGUGGGCAACCAGCCUGAGAACGGGCGCAUGCUGGUCUCCAAGGACUCGAGUCUGCUGCUCCCGGGCUAUGAGAAAUACGGCACCAUCAUCAUCCAAUAUGUCUUCCCGCCUGGGAUACAAGGAGUGGAGCACCCUAAUCCUGGAGUUCGCUACCCUGGCACCACCCGUGUUGCUUACCUGCCCGACUGCCCAGAAGGCAACAAGGUGCUGGCACUGUUCCGCAAGGCCUUUGACCAGCGCCUCACCUUCACUAUCGGCACCUCCAUGACCACCGGCCGUGCAAACGUCAUCACCUGGAAUGACAUCCACCACAAAACCAACUGCACUGGAGGACCACAGCUGUUUGGCUACCCUGAUCCCACGUACCUUGCUCGGGUGCAAGAGGAGCUGCGGGCCAAGGGUAUCACCAAUGACUGAUCAUGUUCCUCGCUGCCCUGCGUCCAACCACGGCACCUUCAUUUUUGUCAGGCUGUGGCAGGAGCCAUGGGCAUCCAUCCAAGCCACCUGACUCACAGCUUGUUCUUGACCCUGGAUGGGUGGGUGGGGCAGAGCCCAGGCAUUCUGGCUGAGAAGGUGUUUUGAAUGGAAGUUGGCUUGAUACAAGGGGAAUGGAGGGGUUGUCUGCGUUCAUGCGUGUGCCUGUUAGACAUAUGUUUGAGUGGGUUGAGUGAGAAAGUUGGCACCUUGGAACAGAAUGCAGUGCUGGUAUUCAGGACUGUACCACUUCAGCCAGCUUGCUGGGGGUGGAUUUCAGAUUUUGGAAUCUCCUUCUGGGGAGAAAAACAAAACCACCCUCCGUAGCUAUAGUGACUUAGCAUGUCAGGCAGAAGGCUUUGCUUAAUGGCUUUCUGCGCCAUACUUGUUGGAGGCCUUGGAAGGGCCUUAAAAAUAACUCUCCCCACCUGCAGUCUGAAGUAAUAUAGCCCAAUUUGCAUGAGCAGAUUGGCUCCUGGAGAGCUGGGAGGAGGUCCUUUUGAGUUUUAAACUGCAGAUAGAAAUGUCUGGGUCUCAUUUUGUCAGAGAAAAUUAUCUGUGCGCAUGUGAGAGAGAAAGAAAAAAUGAUUACAGAAAUAGAAUGUCUAUGUCUUUUUAACCUCAUGGCCAUACAUGGAGGGCACAAAUAGUAGUUUCUGCACUCUGUUCUUUUGGGUCAGUCACUCUUGGCCUAACCCCCCUCCCCUUACAAGGUUGUUCUGAAGAAAAAGUGAAGUGUGGAGAGCUUUGCAUGCUACCCGAAGAUCCAGGCUGGAAAAAGUGGGGGGAGGUAAAUUUCUAUCCAUUCUGACCCUCCAAACUCAGUCCUUAUUUCCUUCUCCCCAUUUCCUUUACUUUAAACUCCCAAAGUUCCAAAUACUUUGGGAAUGAGAACCAGAAUAAUAAAAAAAUUAAGUAAACUAUUUACAAAA